GGAGUGUACACAAGUUAGUGAAUAGAGUUCCGCAUAGUGAUCGCUACUGCAGUGCAAGUGAUUGAACUGUAACGUUUCGCAGUGAUAACAUUUUUUUUGCAAACGAAAAUCUUUUAAGUGCAUUCAGGAUGAACUCUUACUUGCUCGCUCUUGCCCUCUGCGUAUGCACAGUCGCCGGUUCACCUAUUGAAGACGGCAAAUGGAAUCCCUACAACUAUGGAGAUACUGGCAAGUACAUCCCAUCAGAUGAAGGCAAAUACAUCCAUAUACCGAACCCGUACCUACAUAUGGACAACCCCUACGAUGGCGGUUUCGGACCCUACGCACACGACUACGAGCCAUACGUAGAGGCUGCGUCCCAAGAUGUGUACAAACUGGUACUAUCAUCGCCUGAGGAUGUCAAUCCGUACUACAAAGAUGGAUACUACAAGAACAAUGGCAUCAAGAUCCUAAAGCAGAAACAUCACUACGACGAAGACAAAUACGAUUUUGUUUUUGAAACUGAAAACAAAAUUCGUGCAAAGGAGAACGCUGUAUUGAAAAACCCAAACACAGUCGACGAAGGCAUUGCGUCAAAGGGCUUCUACGAAUACAUCGGGCCUGAUGGAUUCAUGUACAGGGUCGACUACACAGCUGACGAGAAUGGUUUCCGUCCCAAAUUGAGGAGGUUAGAGACCCCUUAUUCCGGAAAAUGGGUUCUAGAAAAGGUCAACUAAAAAUUGCUUAUGGUACCAAAAACGAGAUAAUUCCUAACAAUUUCCUCAUAUAAAUCAGUAUUUUGAUUAAUUAGAUACCUAAAGCAAUUUUCAUGCAUUGACUUAUUCACUGCAGCAGUCACGAACGAAAAUUUGUCACGACUAUGACAUUUCACUAUGCAUUUGCAAGAAUUAUUUGGGAAAAAAGUUUUUUGAUAACAUUUACGAACGAAUAGACAUUUUUAUAAAUGAUUUAUACUCCAAAGUGAUACAAAGAAAUUUGAAAAAAGACACUGAUAUUUCUGACAGGGGAAGUUUUCUGUCUGCUUAGAAUAUUAUUAAUUUAUACAAUAGUUUUAAGAACCUAGUGAAAUCGAAUUUAGAUACUUAUUUAUGAAUUGUGAUAAUAAAUUUAUAUUUCAUAAA